AAGGGGCCGACUGGUGAUGUCAACUGAGCAGCAGGGUGUUAUUUAGGGGUUGUAGCUUCUCAGAUGCUCACCAGCAGCUGUUGUGAGAGUGUGUGUGUUACUGAAUGUGUGUGUGUAUGUGUGUCUGGACUUUCUCUUUCUGCUGAUCGCUCAACUUUGCCCGGUAAGCCAACAACUUUAUUAAUCGCCCGGACUAGACUGGCCACCUCCUGCUCUUAAACAAAAGGACAGCUGACGAUACUUAUGCUGAAGAGUUGGAAUAGUCUUAGAGCUCAUGAAACCUGCUAAUCUCCUCAGGAAAUCCCAGUCACAAUGACUCUGCAGUGGACGGCUGUGGCUUUCUUUCUCUAUGCAGAGAUUGCGGUCAACCUAAUCUUGUGUAUACCCUUCAUAUCAGCAAAGAGAUGGCGCUCUGUUUUCAACUUGAGAAUAUGGAACUGGUUGUCUCCUUAUUGGAACAAGUGCUUCUUCACCAUGAUCAUGGUUCUUAUUGUUCUUUUCCUUGAUGCUCUCCGUGAGGUUCAGAAGUACUCGGGGCCUCAGCCCAUGCAGGAUGCCAAGGUGAACCCGACUGUAUACGACCACAUCCACAUGAAGCUGUUCAGAUCCCAGAGGAACCUCUACAUCUCCGGCUUCUCCCUCUUCCUCUGGCUUAUCAUGCGUCGGGUUGUCACCUUGCUAAACCAGGUUGCUGUCACCUUGGAGACGACAGCGGGUCUUCAGGCGCAAAUGGACAAUGCUGUCAAAGCAUCCAAGCAGCACCAAGAAGACAACCUGACGCUUAAACAAGCUCUCCUGGACGAGGAAAAAUCCAUGUUCGCAAAAAAUCAGCAACUGAAGCUGGAGGUUGAAAAGCUGACAAAUCAAGUGAAGGCUGCUGAGGACGCUGUGCACAAGUCUCAUGCUGAAGUGGAGGCCAUGAAGAGGCAGGCCAAAGGUCUGGCACACGAGUAUGACAGACUAUUGACGGAGCACCAUAAACUCCAGAAUCUCCAGAGUGCGGAAGACAAAAAGGAUCAGUAACCACAGGGAUACAGCAAAGAAUUGGUUUCAUGUGUUGUUCAUUUCAUGGAUACGGGUUAGGGUUUCCUCUCAUAACACUAGAAUGGUGUACUUUAUGAAUUAAGCAACCACACGCCACAUUUGUAGCAUUUUUUUUAAACAACUUUCUUCCUAAUUUAAACUGAGUUGAUAUUUAAAGUUGAUAUUCGAGUCUUUGGGAUUGUAGGAAUGGUCAGCUAUCAUCCCAAAACAUCAGGUGUGACAAGUUGGGAAACCCAGAGUGUCAUUAUUUGACUAGUUGUGACUGAGACUCAAAAAUCUGCUUUUCUUACAAAUAUCACCUCUAAAGGAUGCAACAAAUGGUUGCAUUUUUUUUUUUUUUUUGCAUGCUACAAAAGAAGAAUGCACAAAUGAAUUGAAGUUUUCACUCCGGGCUGAUGCUCACUUCUAAUGUUCUCACUUGCUAAUUUUAAGUGAUGAUUAAUACCUACGUAUUUGUUAACUGUCUUUUGUUAAGCAUCCUGAAUUGUACAUCUACCUUCUAACCUCAAUAGCUAUAACCUGACUGACUGGAUUUGUGACGGCUUGGCUGUUUUUGUAUUCUGUAAUGUUAUCAGUAUGUUUGUUGUACAACAAAGGUGUGUACGUGAAAAAUAAA